AGAUUCCCUGUAUCUGAGAUCGCGGGCCCCAAUUUUCCGAAUUUUUUAUUUGUGAUAAAAAUACACAAUGAUUGUAAACAUGACAGAUAAAUUAUAAAGUUCUAACUAUUUUUAAAUUGUAAACAAUUCAUUAAUCCAUGAUCACUCGCUAAAAGUUCCACCAAAAAAAUCACACUUCAAUUACAUAAAUAUUCGCUUCAUAAAACUUUCUUCAAAUCGUCAAUUAAAAAAGAAAAACAAUGUUUCGCCAAAAAUGCUCUUUUCUCUUUGUACAACGAAGCAUUACCACAUCAUGUCAUCUCCACAAAAAGGGUUCAUCAGUAAGCUUAAACAAACAAGUAAAUAUGCUGAAAAAAAUAAUGUCUGGUCGUGAAAAAGGGAAUAGGCGGUGGAGAUAUAGCACAGAAUUACCUAAAUUGGAAAGUGCUAAAAAACUGACAGAUGGAAAAGGACCACAGAAGCAAAAUUUAAAAAGAAUAACAGUUUUAAACAAAUUGUUUAUGAAGAAUAUAACAGAUAUGAUGGCCACUGAUAAGUUCUGUCGUGAUCUUGUUGGUUAUGGAGUGCAGGUUUCAUUAAUAAAAGUCGCUCCAGAUUUUAAUUCUCUAAAUGUUUUUUGGCUUGCCAAAGGAGAUCAAAAUGAUGAUAAAAUUGCGGACAUAUUAAAAUCGAUUGCUGGUCCAUUGCGGCAUGAGCUGUCACAACUUCGGUUGAUGGGAGAAGUACCUCGAGUUUAUUUUGUUAAAGAUAAAUAUCACUCUAAAUUAGUCGAAAUUGAUAAUCUCCUACAAAGAGCUGAUUUUGGAGAAGAUUUUGUGCCAUCGGAUCCAACACUGUUUAAUCAUAAGAAUGAACCGCAGUUAUUAACAAAAUUAACUGAAGAUCUAAAAUCAAAAAUUUUUGAAAUAGAAGAGAAUGCACAAGAUAACAUAGAAGACAAUGACGAUGAGUUACCUGAAAUGCGGCAUGAUGCUUUAGGAAUCGACCAUUCUGCAAUCAUGAAAAAAAUAGCAGUAAAUAUUGAAAAAACAAAGAAAGCGUGGGACACACUCGAAGUCAGAAAUGAAACCUAUCUUGCAUCUGCUGUUCCAACACGAGACAUUCAAGCAGUCAAUGAUGAAAUUGACAGACUUAACAAAGAAGUUGUUGUUCGAGAAGAGUUUGUUAAAUAUUUGGAACAAAAGCAAUAUAAAAAGAAAAAAGAUCCAAAUAGAUAUAGAAAUAAUUUAGAAAACGAAGACAUCCAAGAUGAUGACGAAGAUUACAAUUCUGACAUGUUUGAUGAAGACUUUAUCGAUGAAGAUGAAAUUAAAAAAUAG